AUGGCGUUGGAGUACCCCAUCGCGCAAGCUCCGCGUCGGCUACAGCUGUCCAUCGUUCCGCUACGCAGCUCCACGCUCGCGAAGUGGCUUGCAGCGCCAUGCCUGACUCGUUCGUAUGACCCCAAGAGAGGACAGGAUCAUGAUUUAACCAGAUUUCGUCACGCCACGAUGGUGGCGGGUAGCAAGCUGAGCACUUUGGUUUCUACGUCGUCGGUGGUCUCGGCAAGCCCUCGCGAUGAAGCGGAUCGUGACCUGACCAGCAGCUGGUUCCGCAGACGUCGGAAACGCGGUGAGCUGCCGGACAUCCGCGUCGUCCAGUCUCCUGCUUCCUGGACGGCAGUUCAGACAUUGUUGCUGGAGCUACAGGCAGCACUAAUUGAAGUUCUCAUGCGCGAGUUACCGGUGUUGAUCGAUGGUUUCCUUCCGUACGCAGUACUAUCCUCGCAAAAGUCGACAGCAUCGUGUCGACAAGUGGCUGCAUUCUGCGCGCAACUAGCCUCGCUCUAUGAGACUCGCGCGCGUCGCGAGCAAGGAGCGAGUAUAUCGCUAUCAAUGCGGUUGGUUCACGCGCUCUGUUUCCCGGAGGCACUCUGGCGCCAACAACAAGUGCAGACAAACCAAGGCAGAUUGCAGCUCCUGACAUACAUGCAGGUGCUGGAGGAGCCAUUCCGCCUUGUCGAAGACGCCCACGAGGGAGUGUUCCGCCAGCCAGCGUUGCUGCGCGUGCUACUUGGACUUGUGCGCGACGUGCGAGCAGCGGCGAACGUCCACGUGACCAAGUGUGACCCGAGCUUGGUGCCUGUAGAGGGCAUGUCUGCGGCUGCAUCUACCUCUGCCAGUGUACAGCAGCACCAGCUCCUCCAGGAUUGCUUGCUGGUGCACGGCAUUCUGAAGCGAUUGCAACCGCUGAGCUCCGAGUCCAGCGACAACGAAGUGGCUGAUGAGAGUCGUGCUCUGCUUUGCACCAUCGUCAAUGAGCUGCUGACUGCAGACGCUGAGGUGUCUUCACCGUCGCCCACUCGAUUGUUGCUGGCGAUUCACACGCAGGGCUACGAAGUCACUCUGGUACCAACGUUAGUCGCUCAUGUGCCUGGCAUCGGGCGAGACGAAGAGUGGAUCCGGUCGUACGAAGUGGAGCGUGGCCACUUUGCUUCGNUCGCUGUGUUCACUGAGGUCAAGCUGGACGAGGUGCAGGAGGGAUAUGUGGAGCAAGUCAACUCAAAACGAUCAUGCUUCGGUGCUCGCCUCAACGUUCCAGACAAGGAGAAUUGCAUGAUCUCCGUCGAUUCAGCACCAGCAGAGGCGACGAGUGGCGAGCAAGUGCUGAACGUUGACCAUUUACUGCAACUGGUGAUCGCCGAGUGGCGAAUGGAGCAGGUUCGACGCGAGCGCCACUUGCUGGACGCCUUCCGUGCUGGAGAUGUGAACGGUGACGGACAGUUGACGUCGGCCGAGUUCACCCAGAUCGUGGUGUCUAUCGACGCCACCCAGGAUCUGGGCGACAUUCUGCUGAUGUACAGCGAUACACUGCGACGUACUCAAUGUGACCAGCUCAAUGCUGAAGUAUUUUUACAAGUUGCGCGUGAGCAUGAACUGGAUCGGGUGAUGUGGCAAGGUGAUGGAGAUUUGUAUGGCGUCGUGAACGAGGUGACAGACAUGGAAGCGACGUGGGCCCACGUCCGAGGGUUCUUCGUCGGAACACUGGAAGCGCUGGCUCGGGAUCUUCCGCCUACACAUUUCCUGCGUAUCUGUGAAGGUGCUGGAUAUGGCUGCUUGAAAUGCCUCCUGGAUGGAUACAUCGACUUCCAGAAGAUGAGGCGCGAGUUUGCACUCGCUCAGCAGCAACAGAAGCACUCCGGGGACUUGGGUCGACGCAAUUCGUACGUCGGUGUAUCCUCUCAGCUUGUGUGGGCGAGGUUUUGGCAUCUUAUGCGGCAAUUACACGACGCCGCUCCGAGGUCGAACACCCGCCGACGCGACUCACUGCCGAACUUCCUCUUCCCGGACACUGCGCGCAUCACGGCCAAGAUGAGCGCGGCUCACCACCCAGAAGCUUUCGACGCUCCGACGAUCCACGCCCAGUUCGCGUAUUAA